AUGGUAGUUGACAAAUUUCACGCUCGGAAUGUCGGUCCUUACUCCUUGAUUUAUCAGCAACCUCUCAAAGGUAGGGCUCAACUCGGCGGACAAAGGGUGGGGGAAAUGGAGGUUUGGGUUUUGGAGGCUCAUGGAGCAGCUUGGAAUUUAAUGGAAAUGAUGAGUGUAAAAUCGGAUGAUAUUCAUCAACGAAGAUUGGCCCAAAGUGCCUUGAUAUUUGAUGACCGUCAAAUUGACCUUCGAAGCAGUCAAAGCGAAUCCUUUAACCUCUUGCUUCAAUAUUUACGAGGAAUUGAAAUUUCCUUCGCUGACGACAAUUUUAGGAUUGAAAGUAGCAAGACGGUAAAUAUUAGAACUUUUAAACCAGAAUUAGGCGGGCUUUUUGACCCCCGUAUCUUCGGACCUUUCCUUAAUUAUGAAUGUUUUUGUGGAAAAUAUAAAGGCAAAGACAACAAGGGACAAAAAUGUGAACGAUGUGAAGUUUUAAUCGCCGAAAAAAAUAUCCAGCGGUGGCGAAUGGGUCAUAUCUCACUCGACACACCCGUAACUAAUAUUUUACUUUUCAAGGUUUUGUCUACUAAUCUAAGCAAAUUAUUAGAAAUUCCAACUAAAAAGUUAGAAGAUAUAAUUUAUUUUCGAGCUUAUGUUGUGCUUGAUAAUGGAUUAACUAAACUAUUGAAAAAAAAGGAAGUUUGA